AUGGCUUCGUACGCGCAGGACGGACUGUGGUCGUGGCUGGUUUGCGCUUCUGCAACUCUCUCAUGGCUGGCCGCCUUAGGCUUUGUGUUCAGUUUUGGAAUUUUCUUUCCUGUCUUUAUGGAUUAUUUUCAAGAGAGCAGAGAAAAAACGGCUUGGGUAGGUUCGCUGGCCAUCGCGAUAAUCUUUUUCAGUGGGCAUGCGUCGGGAGCUCUCAUCAGUAAAUUUGGCUGCCGUGUCACUGCUCUACUCGGGGCAUUUUUGUGCGCCCUAAGUCUCGGUGUCUCCUCCCUGGCGAAAAACAUUCUCGUUUUGUAUUUCACUUAUAGUGUGCUGUAUGGCCUGGGUACUAGCUUUGUGUUCUCAUCGGGCAUCAACAUCAUUAGCAAGUACUUCAAAAAGAGGCGCUCAUUGGCAAUGGGGAUUUUGACGUGUGGACAAGGGGCAGGAGUUUUGAUCAUGGCACCCGUUUUACAGAUGAUGAUUGACGCAUAUGAUUGGAAGACAACCUACCGAAUAAUGGCAGGCGUGAUUUUCUUGAUGUGUCUAACAGCACUUACCUACAGUCCUAACGUAGAAGGUGAAGAUACUGAAGGAACACCGGCGGAGGAAGAAGACAAGGAAAAAGGAUGUUACAUUGAUGUAUCAGUGUGGAAAGAGCCCAAAGUUUUGGUCCUUAUUUUGUCUUCAACUAUAAUUAUGUUUGGACACUAUACACCGCAGAUUCACCUGGUGCGAUAUUGUGAAGAUAUUGGAAUCACUGCUGACGCGGCCUCUCGACUAUUUGUUUAUUAUGGGCUGUCAUCGUGCGCAGGGAGACUGGUAUCUGGUCGUCUUUGUGACUUCAAAAUGAUCAACACAUUCUUUGUGUAUCAGAUUGCCGAGAUGGUCGCUGGAAUGUCGAUUCUAUUUGUAACAAUGGCAACGUCAUAUGUUCACAUGAUAGUGUUCAUUGUAAUUUUUGGAUUCUGCGACGGAGCUUAUAUUACAACACUUAAUCUCAUCGCCAUUACAUGCACUAGCCCCGAUAAAAUAGCCCUUGCGCUUGCAUGGCAAAUGCAAAUGAGUUCGUUUACUACGGCCAGCGGUCCUCCCAUAGUGGGUCUGGUGGCAGACACAAUGGGCUCAUAUACGCCAGCGUUUUAUAUGGCUGGUGGAGCAGUGCUCGCGGGCGCUUGCAUUCCUUUUUUCCUUCUCUGUAGGAAAGAGAGAAGCGCGUCACGUGAUCUUUGGACCACGUUGGGCCCAACUGCAGAAUCGACAGAUGUACCUGAUUGGAGGAAAUCUGUUGUCUACACGGUUGACAAAAAAGCAUCGAUUCGUGAUCCUAACUAAAGACCGAA